CUUUGUUGUUUUAGCCAGCUGGUGGCUGUCAAUCUGAUUGACUAAUAGAGGAAAAUAUCAGACAUUCAGCAGCAGGACUGAGACAUAAAUGCUUUCGUCUUUUAUAAUGAAUAAAAUGGUGGACAGUAUGAAUGUGCUACAGAUUUAGGGGCGUGCAUGCUCUGUGGCUGUGCAGAUGGAGGAGGCUUCCUCAGCCAUGCUGUGGUCCAUCCAGGAGGCUCUGGAGAGGCAGACCCUGCAGAUCGGAGCAUCUGCCUGCGGAGCCACAGCAGUGGUUGAUGUGCUGAAGGCUCUGGGAGUUGAUGUGGCUCCAGAAGAAGCUGACCGCUGCGUCAGGACGCGCUUGAGGAGGAACGAGUCUCCGCUGCCUGACUACCUGCUGUCCCGCAGUGAAGCUGGUGCGACCCAUGCUCAGCUCAUCCGGGGGGCAGAGGAGGCCAGCGGAGGGAAGGCAUUGGGCCGGUUCUUCCACCUUUAUCCCCGCCGUCGUAUCAGGUUGGUCCACUGGCUGGCACGCUGGAUCAGAAAGGGUGCCGUCCCCGUGGCAACCAUGAACAUGCAGCUGGCUGUGCCUGAUGGCGAGGAGGUGCCUGACGCUUGGCACCAUCAGCUAAUAUUUGGAGUCGCACCCAAUGCUGUGUUUAUGACCAACCCUUUGGAUGUAGUCAAAGAGGACGAGGUGCACCAGAGACUCUGCAGCCAAUCCGUGCUGCUGGUUCGUCGGGAAGACGUCCUGCAGAGGUUAGAGCCCCACUGCUCGCCGCCCGGCUUCUCAGAGGAUCAGUCCGACCCACGUUGGCGGGAGCUGGACGUCGACGGUCAAGUGAGAAAAAUGAUCUUGGAGGAGCUGGAAGAAGAUGGACCCAAAACGACUCACAUUACCAUCCCAGCUGCUUAUAGUUCAGGAAUCACACUGUUUGCACUGAGAGAUUCAGAGCUGGGAAGAGAACUCCUCGAGGCUCCUGAAGUUCCUCUCGAAUAAUCCAGCAUCUCCACAUAAAUAAAGUUGGAAUAGAAAGCAGGUCCUUUUUAUCCACCGACUAUUUUUCUCCAGCGAAAUAUAGUAGUUUUUCUUCUAAAAGCAAUAAUUACAUCAGCUGCAUCAGAUCAGAUUUUUAUGCUAUAAAAAGCUCAAAGUUGCUAUCAGCAUCACAGCUCCAGGUUUGAUUUAUUCCAGCUGCUCUCAGGAUGCAGAAAUGCUGAAUCCUUCACUCUAUUUUCAUACUGAAGCUCAUCUUUUGACAUGUUAGAAUAAUUCUCUGGGUUUUUGUGGAUCUUCAGUUCUUCUUUUUAUAAAUGAACUUAUUCUUUCUUUCAGCCAUGUCAGUUUAAUAAAAAUGUAACUUUAUUGAUCACAUUGGAGAAAUUUAACCUUGCAAAAAUGAAUAGAGCAUUAAACUAUAAAAAAAUGUAAAUGCAGAAAGUUGUCUAAAAAUUUACAAUUAAAAUGUAUUUUCACACCCUGUUUAG